AUGCGUUGUGUCUUGACCAUCGCUGAACUUCUUCAGCUCAUCUUUGGUUAUUUGAUUGAGGAUUUCGACAAAGGAUCCGGCUGCGGCAACGAGCGCACUCUUGCUGCAUUGGCUAGGACCUGUCAAGUGUUUACAGAGCCCGCGCUCGAUGCGCUGUGGAAAAACAUCAUGUUCAUCGGUCUCGAUCCUCUCAUCAAAUGUUUUCCUGAUGGUUUACAGAAGGCCGAUGAAACACACGGAGAGACCCACGCCGAAACUUGCACGACCAUUAACCGGCGACGACUGGUCAAUCAUUAG